UGUCGUAGCGAUGCAUCUCCACUGUGGUGACUUCAACUUGAAGUUCAUGCCACUGCAGCCGGCCUCACAUAAAUUCCGACAACACAUCGAGCACUGUGGAUCAUUCCGACCCUCGAUCCCCUCACUUGUCGUGCCCUCUGCGCAGCACUGAUCGUUGCCGGAGGAUGAAAGCUUCAAUCGUCUAGUCUGUUUCAAGCUAUUUUCGGACCCGUCAUUCUCACUCAUCAAGCAUCUGAUCUACCUCCGCCAUGUCGACAGCGCCGGCAGCCGAAGCUUCGGCUGCUCAGCCCGAACGCCAAGUCGACACUGCAGACAACAGCCCCGAGAUCGAGCCAGAACCGACACCAGACCCGACUAAAGCGCAAGUGAACGAAUCUCCAACAGACGAAGCGAACGGCUCUCGUUCACGUUCCGAGACACGCAGCGAGGGCGAAUACUCCGGGUCCGGCACCUCGGAACAGAGCGAAUCCGAAACAAGCCAGAAGGCUGGCGAGGACACACAACCACCUCUUCCCAGCGAACCGCUCCCAGAUCAGGACGGCACAGAACCUCCACUGCCAAACGAACCGCUCCCAACAGAUCCCACCGCGCCGCCUCUCCCAGCAGAACCUGUACCCGACCCCGAAGACGACGGCUGGGAGUUCCACUGGAACCCCAACGACCAGCAAUACUGGUUUUAUAACCGCUUCACGGGUGUGUGGCAGCAGGAGAACCCGCGGGUACCAGGCGGCGCCACCACCACCACCACCAGCACAACAAGCGACACCACAGCCGUGGCACCGGGGCAGCAGACCGCGCUGAUGAGCAACCCGACCUCCGUCGCGGGGGGUUACAACCCGGCCAUACACGGCGACUACGACGAGAACGCGUGGUACGCGCAGGCUUCGCGGGCGGCGCCGCCGCCGGCCCUCACGGCCGAGCAACAGGAAGAGUUCGGGACCGCGGCCUUCUUCAACCGGCGCACGGGCCAGUGGCAGGCGGCCGACCAGAGCGUGGAUCGGCACUCGGACGAGGCCAAGAGCCGGCGGCAGAUGCGCGCCUUCUUCGACGUGGACGCGGCCGCCAACAUGCACGACGGGCGCAGCCUCAAGGCGGAGCGGGCGGGCAAGAAACCCACGCGGGCGGAGCUGAAGGCCUUCAAAGAGCGGAGGCGCCAAAAGAAGGAGGAGAAGCGCCGGGCUUGGUUGAGGGAUUGAUUUUCGAUCUUUUACAUACAUGGAGGUCCCCGUUUUAUUAUUCAAGGUGGCUUGUGGUGUUAUCGGGUGGCUUCUCUGCGCGUUGCAAUUGUUUUCGGUGAUUUUCGGCUUUGAUGGUGGUGAAACGAGGACCGCUCCCUCCCCAACUGGACUGGAGAGGGCUUCGUAAGGUAGGGAGGGGAUGUGGGGGUGUGUUUUGAUAUCUGGUAUUGAAUCGGCAGCAUUUUCAAGAGGGUAACAAACAGGGCUUACGGCGCGCACAGCUGAACAGGCAAGCGAUUGGCGGGCGUUUUAAGAUCAGGUGGCUUCAGAGAUAUCAGGGACGGUUACACCAGCCAGGUUUAGAGAGACAGGCUCUUGAGAGCAACAGUGCAUGGCAGCUCAAAGGGGCCGAUUGCCGAAGGCAGGCAGUCAUGCCUCUGCCGAUGUAUACAACGUCUUCAACAAGUAACAUGAACAGCGAAUUAUGUUGUGUACAUCA